AUGGCAAAUGCAGACAUUAACAAUUUAAAUAACGAUUUCAUUGUCGUUUGGUUAGACAGUACUAUUGAAAAGACCAAAGAUGGUCAAAAUACAAAAGCACUUAUACGACAACUGGUUAGAGGUAAUUUAUUAACAUUUGAUGAUCCAGAUAAAUGUAUUGAUAAUAUAACUGACGAACCGUUAAAACGAAUAUUUCUUAUUGUUUCUAAUACAUUUGGUAAGCAUGUUAUACCACUUGUACACGAAUUACCAAACAUACAAGCGAUAUACAUAUUUUGUGGUAAUCUACAAGUAGCUGAAGCAUGGGCUAAACCAUAUUCAAAAAUCUCUGGUAUAUUCAAAAAAAAAGAACCACUAUCACGGAAAAUUUGUGAUGAUGUUAAUUUAUGUGAUAAAGAUGGUGAUUUACCAAUGAGUAUAUUUCACCUCGCGGAAAAACAAAAUACAUUACAACAAUUAACUAAAGAAAGUGCAGCAUUUAUGUGGUAUCACGUAAUAUUGAAAGUUCUUCGAUUAAUGGCAAAACAUGGUAAUGCAAAAACUGAAAUGAUUGCUGAAUGCCGAGCAAGUUACUAUAAUGACCCAGUUGAACAAAAUAAAAUAAAUGAUUUUGAACAAAGUUAUGAUCCAAUGAGAGCAUGUUGGUGGUACACAAGAGAUAGUUUUGUAUAUCGAUUAUUAAAUAAAGCUUUACGUACACAAAAUACUGAAAUUAUAUUUAAAUUUCGAUUUUUCAUCAAUGAUCUUUAUAACCAACUCGAACAACUUUAUAAUCAAUAUUUAAAUACUCAUUCUUCUAUUAUUGCUCAUCAUCACAUAACAGUUUAUCGUGGUCAACGAUUAGGUAUAAGAGAAGUAGAUCUAUUUAAAACUAAUGUAAAUGAACUUAUUUCAAUGAAUAGUUUUUUAAGUGCUACAGCGAAUCAAGCUGUAGCUAAAGUUUUUGCAGAUACAAGUGACCAAUUGAACGAACCAUCACCAUUACAAUCUGUUCUUUUCAUCAUUGAUAUUAGUAAUAUGAGUAAAGAAAUGACACCAUUCGCAUAUAUACAAAACUAUGCUGCGUGUCCAGAUGAAGAAGAAGUGCUUUUUUCAAUAGGUGCUAUUUUUAAAGUUCAAUCAGUUGAAGAACAUAGUAACAUGUGGCAUGUUCGUUUACAGCUAAGUAAAGAACAAAAAGAAAUUAGUCAAAGUCUAUCGGAUCAUAUGAUGAAGCAAAUUGGCUCACAACCAAAUCCAUUGUCAUUCGGUUGGUUUCUUUUUCGAAUGAAUAAAUUUGACGAAGCUGAACGUUAUGCAAAAUAUAUGUUUACACAACUUCCACCGAAUGAUAAAGGAACUGGAGAUGCUAAUAACUUACUUGGUCUUAUCUAUAAAGCUACUCAUAAGCUGGAACAAUCUGUUGAAUGUUAUGAAAAAUCGCUUGAAAUUUAUUCUCAAUUGAAUUGUCACGAUAGUCCUCAAGUUAUUGCUACUCAUUGUAGUCUUGGUUUGGCUUAUUUGGAAUUAGGAGAUAGUCGAAGUGCAGAAGAACAACAAGAAAAAGCCGAAGAGAAGUUGUCCAAGCUCACACAAGCAAAGGAUGUAUUACUCAUAGCUACCGUGCAUGGUCUCAAAGCUAAAAUUGAAACAGAAUAUGGUGAUAAUACAAGUGCUUUGAAAAGUCUUCAACUGGUCUUAGAGAAGAAGAAGCAUCGAUUACCACCAAAUCACUCUUCGAUAGCAUCAACGUUGAAUGAUAUAGGUAUUGUUGAAGAAAAAAUGAACAAUGAUGUUAAAGCACUUGAAUAUUUUCAACAAGCAUUGACAAUCGGUAACGCAAGCUUACCACCAGGUCACUUGGAUUUAGUUGAUUAUCAUACAAAUAUUGGUCGUAUUUAUGACAAGCAGAAACAAUUUAAACUUGCUUUGCAAGAAUUUGAUUUAGCGCUUACAAUUAUGCAAGAAUUUCCAAGAGAAGAAACUGAUAGAAUUGAAAAAUUAGAGAAAUAUAUCGCUGACAUGAAAAAAAAAGCUUGUUCAGCUACAAAUUGA